AAUGCCCAUGUCCCAGUCCAAGUCCAAGUUCCUAUGUAGCACCAAAUGCGUUGCGCUGGGGCCCCCCAAAAAGGGCCCUCGUGUCGGGCUGCAUGCAUAUUCAAAGAAGUACGCCAUCAGAUUCGGCAUCAGUCAGCCAGUCGGAGCCAGAGACAUACUUGUACUCGCACUGUGGCACGAUUUGCUUGUUUUGGCGCACGUUCGUGCCGUGAGACGCUCCGAUGUCCGGCUGUCGAAUUUCAAGUAGACGCCCAGAGGGCUGGCCAAGACCCACGUCGAUAAAAGCGAAUGUCAGCGUGGGCCAUGCAUUCAAUAGUCGUCCGGUGCCAGAACUGAGCAGAGCUGAGCAGAGCCCAACGGAUUACCAGAUUCCCGAAUCGAAGGACUAAACGAACAUCAACGAAAGAACUCGAAAUGGCCGCCAUCCAGAAAAUUGUGUUCGCCAUCGUGUGCCUAUGCCUGGCCUUUAACGUGGUGUUGGGCCAGCAGCAGCCCGCCAAUAGCUCGGACUCCGACUCGGAUGUUGCUGAGAGCCGCACGUUCGGCCACCAUUUCCUGCGCCGCAUCAGCUUCGCUCUAGUACCCGGAGCCUUCGUGGUGGGCGUGAUCACAACCCUGCUGGCGGCCCUGACGGUCGUCUCCAUGAAGGGACUGGGAGUGGGCGUCAUCCUGCUGGUGCUGGCCAUCGGACAGAUGCUGUCGCGAGCCCUGCCGGUCCAGGCAGCCGCCUAUGCUGCCGCCCCCGUGGCGGCUCCAGUGCCCGUCGUCUACUCGCACUCGCACACCCAGCAGCCCGUCUGGCUGGAGAAGGAGUGGUAGAGAUGGGAUCGAUACGGCGCUCGAAUGGGGCCAAAGAUCGAGAUCAGGACGAGAAAGCGAGCUGGUAGCAGGCCAUGUUUUACCUCAAUCUCAGCGAGCAUGCAACCAAAUAAUAAUUUAAGACUAGUUUAAA